AGGGUGCUACUAGAAAAAAUCCAUUCCAGAAGCAAACUGAUUUAUUUCGUCCAAUCAACAUACUGCUUGUGUUUUCUCCUGUCACCCACAGGGGCCGUAACGAAGGCUACUAAAGAGUUUUCAAUUUUCCCAGUAGAUAGUUCUUCCACCAGCAGCGGUCGCCACAUUGAGUUGCGCUCCGUUGCAGUGUUAGAAGCGUCCUCCUCUUCCCCAGCCUCGUUGUAUCAAAUUCAGAAAACCGCAGCACAUCUGUAAGCAAAUAAAAAAUAUCAGUCGAUGGUGAAGCCGGUCGACUACCGUCCGGGGUCGCUCCCCGACUCGCGCGCGGUGGAGGACUUCCAGAACCAGGAGAUCGGUAGCUCCCACCGCGGCUCGAUUCAGUACAACCGGGACAUCUUCGCGAAGCAAUGGCCCAGGACCACGGGGAAGUCGCAGCGGCCGUCCGAGGGGAAAUUCCACUCGCAGAUGGGCAAGAAAAAUGCAGACGGCGUGAGCGGCUUGUCUGCUUUCGAGCUGGAAAAGCACCUGUUCAAAGAGAAAAUGCGGCGGCUAUCAAGAUAAAAAGUGCCCCACCACCGACAGAAUUGCAACUUUGUUUUGCAACUUUGUUUUGUUCCACACGAAUGGAACUUCUUCUUGUAUUACAACAACAAACAUGAAGAAAUAGAUAUUGCGAUUCAUUUUGGACCUAUGCCAGUGAUGCAACUUCAACAUGACAGACAUCGCUUACUACACUUUCCCCCUGUGGUGCAUGAACACAAACCUUCGCUCCUCUGGCUUGAGAAUUUCUCAAGCUGAUAAGUACAUGCAAGGUGAAGAGAAGGUGGCAAGAGUUUCCAUCGAGAGCGUUUAAGUACUUAUUGCAAUGCAAACGCUUGCACACAAUUCGGGGGUGGUCGUGGCACUUUUCGCUAGGAUACCGGGGCAUCAUCUCCGAGCAGGACCCCUCCGUCUGCACCGUGAAGCCGGACCUGAUCCUGCCCUCCGAGAAGCAGCGGCGCGCGCUGACCGCAGCGAAGUGGCGCAAAUCCACGCAGAAGGUCACGCGGGCGGCCCGCAUGCUGGGCGGGUGGGCGGAGUUCGCCGGCGUAGACAACAUCGAGGAAGUCAACGACGAGCAGAAGCCGGAGAAGUCCGCGUUUCUCCGUACGGGAGACGUAUUCCCGGAAGAACAGAUCGUGGAACCGCUGUUCCUAUCAACUGCAAUAAUUUUGUCUGGGACUGGGUCGUCAUCUGGAAAAAGCUAGAAGUAGUUUCUCAUGCACGUUUUGUCGAUGUUGAACAAGAAGUGACGAGCCUCACAUGAUGCAGCCGGGCGUAGCUGCAUCUGCAUGUUGAUCACAGGUCCUGCGAGAGCUCGAGCUGUGCGAUGCGUACUCGCUGUGGUCCAGAGAUCCUCACUAGCAAAAAGUAAAAAGUACAGCUCUAGCGACUGAUGCAUGACUUUGCGUGACUGGCUCUGGCACCAGAAAGCAUCACAAGUUUGCCUUUGCACCUGUCCGGGCCCACCAGCAGGCAACAUCUUUGCAUUUGAUAGCUCCCUGGGAAAAACGAAAAGCCACGGGUGAUGGAUAUUACGUUCACGAAGACGGGGAAACUGCAGAAGGAAGCGGUGGCCAACAUCCCAAAUUUGAUGGCGGGGUUCGACAAAACCUUCCACGGGCCCAUGGUGAAGAACAAGGCGGGGCACAAGUUCCUCCAAAGGUACAAGGUAAAGAAGCCCGAGCCUGCGCGGGCCCAGUCCGCUUCGGGGUACGACGACGAGGGCCCGGCCAUGCGGUUGCCCUGCAAGUUCGAAGACCCCUCGAUUCAGGAUGUGGUGGCGGCGCUGGAAGACAUGCAUUACGAUCAGAGGUAGGAAGUUGAUGAUUUCAGUGUUUUUACGAUCGCCGAAGACUAAAUAACCGACUAUAGACUUAAGUAGUACAAUUAAGUAUGUUUAGUGCUGCCGCUGGAGCUGUUAUGGGCUUCUAGAGGUAUUGACACUGUACCUAACACCUUGCGUGUUAAUAAGUAUAAUAAGAAAUAAAUGUUCAAGUAGUAUCCAAACGAAACCUCCCAGGACCCGCGGGCAGCCGGGUGAGGACUUGGAGAAGUUGAUGAAGGCGGUGUUUGCGGACCGACCGGAGUGGCGGCAGCGCAUGGCGGUGCUGACCAAGUCGCAGGUGCUGCGGCGGAAAAUACUGGACACCCUGCCGCCGGGCGGCCGCCAGGUCGGGUCCGCCGUGCUGGGCGCCACCCACCCGUGGCGGUCCGCCGUGAAAACGGUGGAGGGGCGGGUCUACAAGUUUGAGGAGCAGAACAUCUGGCCGAGGUACGCCACGGACGCGGGGCGGUACAGCAGCGAUCACAACUGGCCGAAGGCCGAUCCGGUCACGGGGAAGCUCGCCCGGGACGUGCUCCCGUCGCCGUCGGAAACCAUGCCGCAGCACCCGAAACUGACCAACUGCCCCUCCUACUCCUUCGGGAAGGGGCUGCGCCGCGUCGUCGCCGACCCCAUCCACGACAUCUGGACCGAGGUCUGGAAGCCGCAGGACAAAAACUCCACGCCCGGCCCGGGGGACUACACCGAGGCGCUGGGCACGACGAAAACCCCGUUUACGUUGCAGCACAACCAGGAAAUCGUGGUGCUCGGAGCGAACGACAAGUACGCCUGCAAGGGGAUGCUGUCCCCGGAGAUCACGCGGCUCGCGCAACACACGUGCAAGCCGGUCUACUCCUUCCCGUUGCAGCGGCUGCCGGACGUGGCGCAGGGGAAUCUGGCGCAGGCCACCGCGGUCAAAUCGGACCUGGGAAACCUGUCACCGGGGCAGAUUUACACGCAAUACGGGGGUUUCCGGGUCAAGGACAAGAACUACGGCAACCGCCCGGCACGCACGGUUUCGCUAAAAACCAUCGACAAAGCGUUGUCGGCGGGCCGGAAGUACGAGGUCGGCGGGAAACCGUAUCGGUGAGACAGUCUGCGGCGGAGUUGAAGACGCACAGAGGGAUAAAAAAAGCCGUUGUCAUUUUGUUUAAUAUUAAUCUGUUAUUUCACAUCCAUGUAGUAUUCUAAGAAAACCAUAAACCAUUAUUUUGAACAUCAACAACGCUCAUACAUCAAGUACUCAUCAUUUUUACAGUACAUACUAACUUUUCUUUUGAAUGCAACAACUCAAAUUUCCAUUUUAUACGCAUAACAUAUCAUAGGCACAUGCUGCUUCAGCUUUGUUGUCCUCGUUUCAGUAGGGCCGCACCCCGGCCAGAACUUCCUCUUAGUGUUUCUUGUCGAUAGCAAACACUUUUUCGUCUACCCUUUUUUGAUCCAAUCGACAGAUCCAAAGAAAA